AUGUUGAAACGAAGAGAUGAAAAUGUUCGUUUGAAUUCUAUCAAAAUAAUCACAUAUUUAAUUUCUUGCCCUUUGACUCCAAUUCAACUUGUAAAGAAGCUUAGGUUUGAAGGGUCCGGUAUUAACAAUCUAUUAAAGUUAAUGGAUGGUGAAUCAUUAACCAUUAAUAUUUAUUAUGCAUUGUUGGAUUGGGUAUCUGAAAAUUUUAAUUUGGCUAAAGUGACAUGUGAAAAGGAACUUGGAUCAUCAUCACCAUCCACCACAACCGCCUCCAUGAUGAAGAUGAUCCAAGUUAAAAAUUUUCAAAUAAUUCUCUUGAUUUUGGCAUUAUUAAACUCUGAGGGCACAAAAAGAAAUGACAAAUGUAGAAUUCUUAAAGACUUGAUAGAAAUAUUUACACAUAAUAUUUCAUAUUGUACAGAAAUAAAUAAUGAUUAUUUAUGGCUUUGGCAAAAAUAUCUCAUCCGACUUAUGCCUGUAUUUGGCAACCAAGAAGGUAUUCUAGCACAAAAGGAAAAUAAAGUUACUUCAGAUUGGGCUUUAGAAUUUUUAGCAAUUAUUAUAUGGAAUCUUUUUGAGGUCAAUCGUGAUGGCUAUCGAGUUGCUGAAGAAACUAUAAUCUACUUAUGGACAAGUGAUAGACAAGAUUCUUUAGAAACAAUCCGUUCUUUAUUAAUACAACUUUUGACAUUAAUCACUAAAGAAUGUAAAAAUUCAAUUGGAAAAUGUGAUGCAUUUAAUAUCCUUAACUGA